ACGCGUACGCAAGGUACUCAAGAAGAACCCAUGUCCAGAAGGAAGUUGGCAGCGGCGUCUUCCUGCUAAGAAAACAAUCAACAAGCCGAUCCUCGACCCCAUCGUGCGUCGACCGACGAGCCGCCGAAAAUGUCGCCAAGACCUCGGCGUCGAAUCAUCCCAACUCCAGCACUCAUCAUAUCCUACCUGGCAGCACAGUCUCGGGCUGUUUUCGUCAACGACUUUUCUGCGUACCCGGUGAAAGCAAGGUCAUGUUUGGACGCGGCAGCGGCUGCGUCCGGCUGCACCGGUAACACAGUCACGGAGAUGAAUACAUGUCUAUGCGGAAAUGGCGGCGACUUCGUGCUGACGACUGCGAGAUGCGUUGAGAAGCAAGCGAGAGACCAGCUCGCCGCGGUUUAUUCAAUGCUUCUGACCUCCUGCACGGACUCGAGAACACCGCUGGGCGUUUCUCAGGCACAAUUCCUGGACCCCGAGGACGACGUCGAAGACAUAGUACCGACGACAUUUGCCACUUCAACCACGAAACCGCCGGCCGCAGCGUCAUCAACACAAGCACCAGGAACAAUAACGUCAACGUCUAUGAUGACGUACCAGAGCGUGGCGCCAGGCGGAGUAACGGUGACGAUAACGAGAGGAAUCGAGGUGGCUCCAACCGGGACGACCAGUGGGAAGCAGGGCGGCGACGACGAGAAGUCGGGUUCUGAUGACAGAGACACCCGCGUGGCCCUGGCAGCCGGGAUUGCUGGAUCGCUCGCGCUUCUCAUGGCUGCGCUUGCGUUCCUCUGCUAUCGGCGACGGAAGCAGGGCAGAGAAAAGGAUAGGCAGGGCGGCCGUGGGGGCAAGUUUGCGGCAUUAUCCAGUGCGACGAGUCUCACGACAAUGACGGCCUCAUCGCCCCCUGGCCGGUCGACGACAGCAUACAACGGAGCGAACGGCCUUGGACCUGAUACCGCUCACACGGUGCAGAUGGCAGCGGGUACCACUGCAUGGAGCCACCAACAGCAACAAUAUGCACCGGAGAGUCCUCAACAUUGGCAAAACCAGUAUGGCCAGCAUACGGGAAAUUGGCCGUCGCCAGUCACCAAUACUGACGGAACUAUUGGGACAUGGGCGCUCUCGCCCGUCUCUACAUACCCCCCGAAUUCAACAAGGGGGCCCGACUCACCAACAUUACAGAACGCGAGUUGGAACGCACAUGGGGCUCCUGCUGGCGUUCCCGCUCAACAUCCUUCACAUCCAUCGAGAAACACAUAUACUCCCAUCUUCGAACUCCCCGGAGAUGAAACUCAGGCCGUCGAGGCUGACUCGACGCCCAUUGGUUCCGCACAACCAGUACGUUCGCCCUCACGAUCCAUUCAAUCGACACCAGUACACAUGUCCGCACAGCCCGUUGCACUGGCACCGACACAUCCCGGAAGGUCCAGGCAGAUUGAUGAUGCACUGCAAAUAUCACAAGUGGAAUUACCGCCGCCUCGGUACUCGGGUCCUUCAUCAGGAGUCGAAUGGGCUGGUGAUGAAAAGAGACCCGGCUAGAUGAGGGGGUCUCUAGCGAUACAGCUCUUCAGCAUAACGAUAUUCUAUAAAUUUUGUAAUUAUUACCUACUUAUCCGUAUGGAGAUACUUGGGCCGUCAUCGCCAACUUCAUCUAAAAGUUUCAAAUUCAAUUCACUUAAAGAUUGGCAAUAUCUUAUAUUACCUACCCUCAUAUAUAUAUAUGUAUAUAUGUACGUAUGUAUGUAUAUGUGCAGUGGUAAAACGCAGUUAUCACUAAUUUUCGAGUCCUAUGAAAAAAGAAGCUAGGAACUAAGAAAGUCUUUAAUUAGUACUUAUAUUCCAUGCAAAGAAAUAAGCAAGUUUUCAGCGAA